AUGGGUGUCACCAACCUCUGGACAGUCGUCUCCCCGACCGCGCGCCCAACCUCCCUCGCCUCCCUCAACCGCAAGCGCCUCGCCGUCGACGCCUCGAUCUGGAUCUACCAAUUCCUCAAAGCCGUGCGCGACAAAGAAGGCAAUGCCCUGCGCAACUCCCACGUCGUCGGCUUCUUCCGUCGAAUAUGCAAGCUACUGUACUUUGGCAUCAAGCCUGUGUUUGUGUUUGAUGGUGGCGCGCCAGUGCUGAAGCGGGAGACGGUGCGGAAGAGGCGGAGUCGGCGGGAGGGGAGGAGGGAGGACGCGGUGAGGACGGCGGGGAAAUUGUUGGCUGUGCAGAUGGAGCGGGUGGUUGAGGAGGAGAGGGAGAAAGAGAGGCGGAGGCGGGAGAGGGGGAGGGAUGUUGAGGAUGAGGAUCGGGAGGAGGAUGUGGGUGAUGAGGGGCAGUUGGUGUAUGUGGAUGAGAUCGGGAUGGGGGAGGCGGAGAGGAGGAAGGGGCGAGCGGAGGGAUUUAAGAGGAGGGAUCAAUACCAUUUGCCGGAUCUGGAUGUGCGGAUAGAGGAUAUGGGUGCGCCAAAUGAUCCGAGGAUUAUGAGCCAGGUCGAGCUGGAGGAGUACGCGAGGCAGUUUCACAGUGGGGAGGACAUCAAUCUUUAUGAUUUCAGCAAGAUUGAUUUUGAGAGUCCGUUCUUCUUGAGCUUGCCGGCGGGGGAUCGGUAUAAUAUUUUGAAUGCGGCAAGGUUGAGGUCGAGGUUGAGGAUGGGGUAUACUAAGGAUCAGCUGAAUGGGAUGUUUCCGGAUCGUAUGGCGUUCAGCAAGUUUCAGAUUGAGCGAGUCAAGGAGAGAAAUGAGCUCACCCAGAGGCUGAUGCAUAUAAACGGCAUGGCUGAUGACUGGGACAGUGGUGGCAGGAUUGCUGGAGAGAAAGGGAAGGAAUAUGUAUUGGUCCGAAAUGAAGGCGUGGAAGGUGGCUGGGCUUUGGGUGUCGUAUCGAAUAAGCUGGGUACGAGCAAGGGCAUGGCCAUUGAUGUCGAUGAGGAGUAUGGCGAUCAGGUCAAAUCAGAAGAGGAGAGUGAUGAGUUCGAAGAUGUCGAGAUCGAAGGCCUCAACCGGCUGCCAAAGAGCUGGAAACGCAAACGGGCACGGUCAGUCGACUACGACUAUUCCUACGAGGAUGCUGCGGAGCAAAUCGCAAAGAAGCGAAAGGCGGUGUACGAUGGUCGGAAAGCUGCGGCACAGAACCCUCCUCCGCGCACUGCACCGGUUGUUGCGGUCAAUGGCGAAGACGACCCGUUGUUCGUUCCUCAGGAGCAGCCCGAUGAAGAUGACGACCUGUUCGAGGACGUUGAUAUUGGUCAUGCCAACGACGCCGAUGCGGAAGAUGACUUGCAGAAGGCCAUCGCAAUGUCUCUGGAGGAUGCUACAGGCGAGGGCGAUGACACUCGGAAUGGCCACACCAAGCUGGUCAGCGAUGACGAGGACGAUAUGUUUGGAGCGGCCCUCGCUGCAUCCCGGAAGUCGAAGCCAAAAGCUCAAAAGAAUGGCAAGGAGUUGUCAAAGACUGCUCUAACAGGAGCAGCACCCAACUUCUCCGGUCCCUUGCCAUUUGAGUCAAUGAACCUGGGCCAGUCUCUGCUCGGAAAGAAGAAGGCGAAGAAAGUCGAAGAGAAUCUGUCGGGUGGCUUCGACCGCAAUUUGGGCGAAGAUGCGUUCCGCAAAGAACGACCUCCACAGCCUGCACCAUCCUGGUUCGACGCUGCACCUAAGACAAAAGACAUGAAGCGCAUGGAAGACGCAGACGAUGGAGAAGAUGGCGAGGAUCAUGUCACACACAACGAUCAAGACAGGAGUCGUCGGGAGGUCCUGCAUCGACACCCUACCCGCGAAGUCAUUGAUCUGGAGGCGGAAGGAUCGACUCAGCCCAAGCCGAGUCAGAUCGAAUUGUCGAGCGACGAUGACGACGACGAUGAUGCCGAGUUGCCUCAAGAACCACAGGCAGAGCCGGAUGACUGGCAGCUACCAGAGCACGAGGAAGUAAAAGACGACAUUCGCCGUCAGCGUGAGCGAGAUGCCGAGGAAGAAGCAAGAGAAGCACGUUACGCUAUGGCGCGCGAGAUUGCUGGAGAAUCAGACAUGCCAGACGAGGUCUUACCUCCAGCUGUCCCUCAAGUUGAGCCUGCAAAGGACGUAAUCCUGCAGCCCGAAGGUCAGGAAGUACCAGCAAUGGACGAAGUGGCUGACAGAGUUCGAGAGAACCCACCAUCGCCUACCUCGCAGCCGAAUUACAUUCCUUCCCCUAAGCCCGCGGAAGAUCUGCCUCAACAAGCCGAUGCCGACGAAGACAUGGUAGAAUGGUCUGCCUCCGAGCCCAACAGUCCGCUAUUUGUGCCCGCACAAGCAGAAGACGACGACGACGAGUUCGAGGACGUCCCAAUGAAUGGAGUCCAGCCACCCACAUUACUUUAUCAAGAAUCUACGAACGAGGCUUCGACCAUGCCUCUUGACGCGAAUCAGUACCUCAUGCCAGACGAAGACGAACAGCCCUCAGCCAAUGACGCAAAUGCAAACGAUCCCAGAGACAUCAGCGCUGGCCCGACCGAGCCACAAAUAGACGACGACUUCUCCGACUCCGACGAAGAACUCAUGCGCCAACUCGCCAACGAGGUCGAAGAGCACGCCCGCUUCACCUCAGCCCUUACCAACCCACACAAGCAAACCUCCGCUUCCACCUCCAAUGGUGCGACUGCUACCGACGCCGCCCUUCGCGACUACGAGCAAGAAUUGAAGCAACUCCGCUCUCAACAGAAAAGUAAUCUCCGUGACGCCGACGAGGUCACACAAACCAUGAUAACCGAAUGCCAAUCCCUCCUCUCCCUCUUCGGCCUCCCCUACAUCACCGCGCCCAUGGAAGCCGAAGCGCAGUGCGCCGAGCUCGUUCGUUUGGGUCUGGUCGAUGGUAUCGUCACCGACGACUCCGACAUCUUCCUCUUCGGCGGGACACGUAUCUACAAGAACAUGUUCAAUGCGCAAAAGUUUGUAGAGUGUUAUCUUGCGAGUGAUUUGGAGAAGGAGUAUACCUUGACCAGGGAGAAGUUGAUUCAAUUUGCGCACCUGUUGGGGAGUGAUUAUACAGAGGGUGUGCCGGGGGUUGGGCCGGUGACUGCGCUGGAGAUAUUGACGGAUUUUCCGUCGUUGACGGAGUUCGCGGAGUGGGUGACUGCAGUCCAACGGGCGGUCGUGUCUCCGCACCCUGCGACCGCGCUCGAUGGGCUGUUGGGAACGCCAUUCCGGCGGAAAUUCAAGUCCCAAGCCACGAAGAAGCUCUUCCUGCCCAACGGAUUUCCGGAUCUAAGGGUCGACAAAGCGUACCUGGAGCCAGAAGUGGACUCGGAUCCGAGCCAAUUCCAAUGGGGCGUGCCGGAUCUGGAGAAGUUGCGAAGUUUCUUAAUGGCAACGAUCGGGUGGACGCAGGAGCGGACGGAUGAGGUGCUGGUGCCGGUCAUUAGGGAUAUGAAUAAGCGGGAGAAGGAAGGGACACAGGCGAACAUUACGAGGUGGUUUGAGGGAGGUGUCGGAGUUGGUGGGGACACGAGAGGCCGCGUACGGGCGGGUGGAGCAAACGCUGCUGCGGCUGCGGCUGCCGAAGACACGGCAGCGGGCUUAGGUCAGAGGAAUAGGACUGGGGCUGAAAGCGGGCGGAUGAAGAAUGCUUUCAAGCGGUUGAGAGGCGAGGCGGAGCGGAAGCGCCGGGGUUUGGAUGAUGACUAUGACGAAGAGGUGGAUGGUGACGCGAGAGUCGACCGUGCUGAAAAAGCCGAUGACAUUGAGGCUACUGCAGAGCAGAACGGAAGCGAUAUCGCGGAUGAAGUCGAGAGUCUAACAGCCGACGACUCUGCUGCACCCAAAAAGAAGAAGGAAGCGGGCAGGUCCAGGGCGACCACGUCCCGCAAAGCGAAGAAAGCAGCUUCUUCGGAUGAUGCAAGCCAUGAUGAUGAAGAGGGCACUGCAGACGACGAGAGCUAUCAGCCGUCGUCAGGCAGGAAGAAGCAGCUCCCUGGCCGCGCUCGAGGCGGCGGGCGGCGGAAAGCAAAAGCAGUGUAG